CCCAGACUUCUCUUUCGCGCCACCCAGGUUUCUAAUCUCUUCAUUUCUCCUCAGUCACUCUCUCUCUCGAGCGGUGAACUAGUCGAAAUCCCUAGAUUUGCUACUUCCAAGCUUCUCUUCUAAUUCGUUUGAUUAUUAGUUACUCUGGAUUAUUAAUUUUUUCAAUUUUUCCUUUUAAGUUUCUGCCUCACAAUUCAGACAGAUUCAUCCAUACUAAGUCCCCCCGCCCCCCGCCCCCCGCCCCCCCGGCCCGGGAAAUACUAAGUUUACUUUCUUCUACUUAUCUCUCACUCUCUAGGCGUUAGAUUCAAAAAGGAAUCAGUCAUCUUGGCGGUACUGAGUUCAUAUGCUUUUUUGAGCUUUGACGGGGACACAAGAAUCCAACAAAACCACUAAACCCUGCAAAACUACGAUGGUUCAGGAUGAAACUGAAAACAAACCUUUGCAGCCGCAUUGGUCUACUUCUAUACAGGGAUAUCAUUAUUCUAUGCAAACACCAACAACCCCUAUUAUAAAUUCACAUGUAGCUGCAGCAGGUUCUUACUAUUAUCCCCAUAUUUGGCCAAACCAGGUAGUCAUUUUCCUUAUUUAUGAUUCUUUUAGCAAAUUGCUUGCUUUGAUUAUCAUGAAGGGACAACUCGUGUGCUUUUUCAUUGUUUCUCAUCUGGUGCAGGCUGUCAGCACUUCCCUUCAAUAUGACCCUCUGCAUGAUCCCAGAAGAAUCAAGAAUCAUCCAAUUGUUGCCGGGGGCUUUUUGUUGACAUUUUCAGAUAAAGACAUUAUAACUUUCAGUAUAAAGAACAUGGAUUUUAUGGAAACAUAUGAUGGGAACCUACAACCUAGAAGUUCUGUAUUUGAGGAAUUAAGAGAAAAUGGAAAUGAAUUAUCAAUUUCCAAAAAUGAACAAGAUGGAGGAGCUUGGAGUGGGACAAGUGGAAGCAUGGGAUCAUCAGAUGAAGACCAUGACACUGACAAUGGUUUUCCUUCAAGUAGGGAGAAGCAAUGUAACGUGAUGCCAGCAAAUAGGAACCUUACACAGAGCAGGGCUAGGAUAGAAAAUUGUAAUACAGAUCAAGUGAAUUCAACUGAACCUAAUCUGAAUUCAGGAACCGGCCUCAAUAUAUCUGGGACUAUCCGUGGACCUGCAAAACUGGAUGAAGAUGAAAUAAGAAAAGAAAGAAAAAGGCAAUUAAAUAGGGAAUCAGCUAGGAGAUCAAGGUUACGUAGGCAGACAUUUUAUUUUACUAUUUCUUGGCAGCAAGAAUGUGAUGAGCUACGUAAAAUUGUGGAUGAUCUUGUGAAGAAUAAUUCCCUGCUGAAAGACAAGCUUAUGAGCCUUUCUGAAGACUGUCUAGAGCUCAAUAAUGAAAACAACUCCAUAGAGGAAGAGAUCACCAAGAUUUAUGGGAUAGAAUCAAUUGCCGAUCUUAUAGCCAUGAGGCCUGGUGGAGUAACUCAUUAAGAUAUGUUAGCCAGAACCAUUUGCUCAUUUGCUGAUCUUGUUGCCGGGAAGUCUGUUUUAUUCAGUUGAUGGUAGAAGCUAACAUAACAGUUCACGAACCAAAUCUUAACUCUUACUAGAAUUCGUCAUUUGACAUUAGAAGCUGGUUUCAACUCUAUUUAAAUGGAUUUAUAUUAUAGAAACUCUGAAAAUAACGUUAAAUAAAUGGAAUCAUAAUAGUCUUUUC